AGCCCAGGCAGAAGACUCCUGGAAGAGGAAGUCGGAAUGUUGGAAUGUAGCCAGACUGGUGAGACGGGGUCAAGACCUUAAACGGAAAUGACGCUUCCCUGCACGGGGCGGAAGUUUCCCGCCCCACCCGUAAGAGUUGAGGUUUGACCAGCGCAACUGCGGAUCUUGUCCAGGUUCGUUUUCCGUGGCUCCUCCUUCUGUCGUUGCAGGUGUAAUUCCUGGGACUCAGAUGGACCACACAUCCCCGACCUACAUGCUUGCUAACUUAACUCACUUACAUUCAGAACAACUUCUGCAGGGCUUGAAUCUCCUUCGUCAGCAUCACGAACUCUGUGACAUCGUUCUUCGAGUAGGUGAUGUUAAAAUUCAUGCUCACAAAGUGGUACUUGCCAGCAUCAGCCCAUACUUUAAAGCUAUGUUCACUGGAAACCUUUCUGAGAAAGAGAACAGUGAGGUUGAGUUUCAGUGCAUUGAUGAAGCUGCACUGCAGGCCAUUGUGGAGUAUGCCUACACCGGGACAGUUUUCAUUUCUCAGGAUACGGUUGAAUCUCUCCUGCCAGCAGCAAACCUACUCCAGAUAAAACUUGUCCUGAAAGAAUGUUGUGCGUUUCUUGAGAGCCAACUUGACCCUGGUAACUGUAUUGGAAUUUCCCGUUUUGCAGAGACGUAUGGUUGUCAUGACCUUUAUUUGGCGGCUACUAAAUACAUAUGCCAGAAUUUUGAAUCUGUUUGCCAGACGGAAGAGUUUUUUGAGCUUACGCAUGGUGAUUUGGAUGAAAUUGUCUCCAAUGACUGCUUGAAUGUAGCUACUGAAGAGACAGUUUUUUAUGCCUUAGAGUCUUGGAUCAAGUAUGAUGUACAAGAACGCCAGAAAUACUUGGCACAGCUGCUCAACAGUGUGCGACUACCAUUGCUGAGUGUUAAGUUCCUCACUAGGCUCUAUGAAGCAAAUCAUCUUAUCCGUGAUGAUCGUACUUGUAAACAUCUCUUGAAUGAAGCGCUAAAAUACCAUUUCAUGCCUGAACACAGACUCUCUCAUCAGACAGUCUUGAUGACGCGACCCCGCUGUGCUCCCAAAGUAUUGUGUGCAGUAGGAGGAAAAUCUGGACUCUUUGCCUGUUUGGAUAGUGUGGAGAUGUACUUUCCUCAGAAUGAUUCUUGGAUUGGUCUGGCGCCCCUAAAUAUUCCUCGAUACGAAUUUGGAAUCUGUGUUUUAGACCAAAAAGUCUAUGUUAUAGGUGGUAUUGAAACUAGCGUGCGUCCUGGUGUCACUGUCAGAAAACAUGAAAAUUCAGUGGAGUGUUGGAAUCCUGAUACAAAUACAUGGACUUCGCUAGAGAGAAUGAAUGAGAGUCGGAGUACCCUUGGAGUAGUAGUGCUUGCCGGAGAACUUUAUGCUUUAGGUGGAUAUGAUGGACAGUCUUACUUGCAAUCUGUAGAGAAAUAUAUCCCCAAAAUCAGACAAUGGCAACCUGUGGCCCCAAUGACCACCACAAGAAGUUGUUUUGCUGCAGCUGUUCUGGAUGGAAUGAUUUAUGCCAUUGGAGGGUAUGGCCCUGCUCACAUGAACAGUGUGGAGCGUUACGAUCCAAGUAAAGAUUCCUGGGAGAUGGUUGCAUCCAUGGCUGAUAAAAGGAUUCACUUUGGCGUUGGAGUUAUGCUAGGCUUUAUUUUUGUGGUAGGCGGGCAUAAUGGUGUCUCGCAUUUGUCAAGCAUUGAAAGAUAUGACCCUCAUCAAAACCAGUGGACGGUGUGUAGACCAAUGAAAGAGCCCAGGACAGGAGUUGGUGCUGCAGUAGUUGAUAACUACCUUUAUGUAGUCGGUGGUCACUCAGGGUCUUCCUAUCUGAACACUGUACAGAAAUACGACCCUAUCUCAGAUACAUGGCUGGACUCAGCUGGCAUGAUAUACUGUCGCUGCAAUUUUGGAUUAACUGCACUUUGACAAGUGCGAACUCAUGGAAAUCGCACAUGGUGGUGCCACAGGAAAGAAUGCCCGGUGUCUUGAACCUGAAAGCUGUACUGCUUUGUUAACUUGAAGUGGCAUGAAGACUCAAGGUCUUGUUGGGUACUCUGAACUGACAAAUAGUUUGAAUCGCUCUUGAUUAUACAGUGAAUCAAUAAUUAAAAAAAAAAGGAAGGAAAAAAAAAAA